CUCAUUUCAAGCUAAUCGACUUCCUUUCCAUACAUAGUCUUCCACCAUCCACAAUUCGUCUCUCUUCUUCCUUCUCCUCCAUCUCUGCUAGACGCCUGACCAAAGCUUCUACUCUCGCCUCGAGUCUUUCGCGCCCCGCAGCCCUCCCGCGUCCUACCGCAAACAAGCCCUUGGCUUCAGUCACCCGACGAGCUUUUUCAACGACCCCUACUCCUCAAUUCACAUCUACCACAGCCAAAAUGGGUGCCAGCGAGUUCGUCAAGCCUAUCAAGACCAAGGAGGAGUACCUUGAGAAGAUCGUCAACAGCAAGGCCCCCAUUGUCCUCGACUGCUACGCCGAAUGGUGCGGCCCUUGCAAGGCCAUCGCCCCCCAGGUCGCCAAGUUCGCCGAGGAUUUCAAGAACGUUGAGUUCUACCAGAUUGACGUCGACGAGCUCUCAGAGGUUGCCGCUGAGAUUGGUGUCCGCGCCAUGCCCACCUUCAUCUUCUUCAAGGAUGGCGAGAAGGUCAACGAGGUUGUUGGCGCCAACCCCCCUGCUCUCCGCGCUGCCGUCGAGUCUCUCUCCGCAUAGAUAAAUAGGAUAUUGGGAUGUCUCCUUUUGUUUCGUUUUUGUUUGUCUUGUAUGAAAGCAUUGUUUUGUCUUCCGGGUUGGUUUUCUGCAAAUGGACCUUUGCUGUGUUGUAUGUAUUGGUCCGACAUGUAUAACGCAAUGCGCACCGGCUUAGAAGAAUGAGAGAGAAGUUGCAACCGGAUUUAUACUAUACCGUCUGUAUAAGAUAUAUUGACCCUGUGGCUGGUUGAAUUGCAACUAAUGGUUAGAUCCUCGACGGCGAUCGAGCCAUGUCAUCCCUUCAAGCAUGUUGGAUUUUGCGACCUGCACCCCGAGAUAUACAAAGGACAACUUAUCUGAAGACUGCAGAUCGCAAUGAUUGCUUCUCGAAAAAAAAUAAAUAAAUAAUAAAAAAUCGUACCUUACGAAGCUCGAAGAACAGGCAUAUCCUCCUCACUUUGUACUCCUGAGGUCUCUCAUUAUGACAUGGAGCUUCCUCGCGCCACACAAUCCUAGGCGCUCCAUCACUCAUUGACAGAAUAAUGAGCCUAAGUUCUGGAGACGAACCACUCCAGAUACUAUUACGCGCUGAUAACAUUGACGGCAGAGUGUUGG